AUGGCAAGUAACAUAGCUCUAGACGAAAUAACGAAUCACCUAUCACCAGCCAGCCUAACGCGAGAAUUUCAUGGUAAUUCCGUAACAGGCCAUCCAACACUACACGUUCUACAAUGGAAUACCCUUGCUCAAGGUUUAUCAAAUCCUAAAGAUAAUUUUGUACGUGUUACGAACCAAACAGUAGCAUUCGAUAAUCGUAAAUGGCGUAUACUUGAGCAAAUUGUUAUUCGUCAACCUGAUCUAUGUGCACUCGAAGAAAUCGACACAUAUACUUGUUUUCUUCAAUAUCACUUGCCAAAAUAUGGAUAUACUUGUUUUUUCACACCUAAGCCGAGCUCUCCAUGCUAUUUGUUUGGAGAUGAUUCUGAUAAUUUCAAAGGACCAGAUGGUAUUCUCCUAUGUUUUAAAACAGAAAUAUUCGAUGAAAUUCAACGGUAUCAUUAUCAAGCAAAAGAAAAUGAUUCCCAUAAAAAACCCGUAUUUUUCUCAAUGCUUGAUCUGCAUCACAAAUCAUCGUCAGCUAAUAUCAUUUUUAUUGGUACACAUUUGAAGGCUAAGAUACCAUUUGCAAAUAUACGAGCAAAACAAGCAGAAGGAAUCGUUGAAUUUUUAAAAGAAAAUCACUCAAAAAGAGCACAUAUCAUUAUUGCUGGUGAUUUUAAUGGUGAACCUCAUGAGCCGUUUUAUGAAGUCAUACGUAAUGCUGGUUUUUCGAGCGCCUAUCGAACCCUAUCAGAUGAUAAAGAACCAUUGUUUACAACAUGGAAAUUUCGAGCAAAUAAUGGAGUCGAACAAGAACAAUGCAGAACGAUUGAUUAUAUUUUCUAUAAACCAGCAGGUCUCGUUCCUGCUGCUAUUUUAAAAUUACCAAGCAAAGAAGACAUUGGUCUCAAUGGCCUUCCAUCGAGUGAAUAUCCAUCAGAUCAUUUAGCACUCGAAACAAUUUUUAACAUAAAUCUUUGA